CAACGAAUAUUUCACAUUGUAUUAUCGUUUAAAGAAAGUAAUAAGCUUACUGGGAUUUGAAGUUUGAUUGGCUCUUCAAAAACUUCCUCCGAAGUAAGUAGAAAUUCAUGCUUUUGAAUACAACAUACUUUUUGUAUGAUUUAAAACAAAACGACUAUUCAAAAUAUACUUACUUAUAAGAUACCUUCAUUUUGUAUCAGCAACGAAAAAAAAAAAGUUACAUUUUUAGCAUUAAAACUGUGUGUAAUUUUAACUAAGUGGAUAAUACGACAACCAAUCAUCGAUCUCAUAUUUAUUUGAUCUGAGCUGGCUUUAGAUUGCUGAUCUUUCUCUAACCGCACCGGAAAAACUGAAGUAGCAGAAUACAUCCAUAAGAAUAUUUACUUUAUUUUAUAUUUCUCAGGAACCUAACAUACUAUAAUGGGUGAAGACAAAGAUAAGGAUUGGGACCGUGAUAGGAGGCGUGGGGGUGAUAGACGAAGAUCUCGAUCUGGCUCUCCCCGUGGUAGAGCUGCACGAAGAAGGUCAAGAUCUCGUUCUAAAGAACGUAGGCGUUCAGUUUCCAGAGAAAGAAGAGGACCACUACCAGGAAGCCGCAAUGAACGCGUUCCUCGAAGAAGAAAGAAGUCUUUAUAUUGGGAUGUUCCUGCACCUGGUUUUGAACACAUAUCUACUCAACAAUAUAAAGAUAUGCAGAGUUCUGGUCAAAUUCCUCCUAGCAUUUACACAACUCAGGGUCCGGUUGUUGGUACUGUACCUGUUGUUGGUAGUACUGUUACUCGGCAAGCAAGAAGGCUUUAUGUUGGGAACAUUCCAUUUGGAUGCUCUGAAGACGAAAUGAUGGACUUUUUUAAUGCUCAGAUGCAUGUGUGUGGAUUUUCACAAGCUCAGGGCAAUCCUAUUUUAGCUUGUCAGAUAAAUUUGGACAAAAAUUUUGCCUUUCUGGAAUUUAGGUCUAUAGAUGAAACAACUCAAGCUAUGGCUUUUGAUGGUAUCAACUUCAAGGGGCAAAGUCUUAAAAUCCGUCGACCACAUGAUUAUCAGCCUGUUCCUGGAAUGUCAGAAAUUCCAAAUUCAGCUGUUCCAGGUGUUAUUUCUACAGUUGUUCAGGACUCACCAAACAAAGUUUUCAUUGGUGGAUUACCAAACUUCUUAAAUGAAGAUCAGGUAAAGGAUUUCCUCUUAUCAUUUGGCCAAUUAAAAGCCUUUAAUUUGGUUAAAGAUACUGCAACAGGCUUAUCUAAAGGAUAUGCAUUUUGUGAAUAUGUCGACACAAUCAGUACUGAUCAGGCUAUUCAAGGUCUUAAUGGUAUGCAGCUAAGUGACAAGCGUCUUAUCGUUCAGCGUGCUAGUGUUGGAGCAAAGAAUGUUCAAACAAACGUACCAGUUCAAGUACAAGUUCCUGGUUUACAGGUUACUCAAGGACCAGGUCCUGCAACAGAAAUUUUAUGCUUAAUGAACAUGGUUGUUCCAGAAGAGCUUGUUGAUGAAGAAGAAUAUGAAGAUAUUUUAGAGGAUAUUAGAGAAGAAUGUACAAAAUAUGGUACUGUUAAGAGUAUUGAAAUUCCACGACCAAUUGAAGGUGUAGAUGUCCCUGGAUGUGGAAAAGUCUUUGUUGAAUUUAACUCUAUUAUUGACUGUCAAAAAGCUCAACAAUCAUUGACUGGUAGAAAAUUUGCCAACAGAGUUGUGGUCACUUCAUAUUUCGACCCUGAUCGUUAUCAUCGAAGAGAUUUCGGAAUGUCCGUGUGUUGAUGAACAUAGAUCAAAAGUUUCAGCAUUUCGGCAUCAUUGCUUUCACUAGCCAUUAAUAAAUUUCUCAUGCUCAUUUGCUUUAAAUUUUUAAUUGACAAGAUUUUAUGUUAUUUGCAGUCAACAUUCUCUAAGUUUUUGUGUUGUGAACUGCAGAUUUAUCUAAUGUAAUUAAAGUAACAUCUCUUUUUUUUAUUGAAAUAAAUAAGUUCUUCUUCAAUAGAGACUGAAAAAUCUAUACAUUGCUAAUUAUUUUUUUUCUUCAUAUUUGUACUAUGUUAUGCCUCUUUUUUUUUCCUUAGAAAAAAAUAUUCAUUGUAUGUAUGUGUCUGUGGAUUUUCAUUUGUAAUCUGGGUAUUAUUGUAAGCUUCAGAAAAAUAAAAACUGUAAAUUAAAA